AUGGCUAAAACAGGAGCGAAAAGAGCGAAGGCAUAUCGAGAGCGGAUAAACAAAGAUAAAGUCAAACAUGAACAAGUUAAGAUAAAAGCUCGUCAACGUAAUAUUUCUAUUCUUAGAAAAUUAACAGGUAAAGCAUUAGAAAAUUUUCGUGUUAAUACUAAUUACCGUCAAAGAAAAUGUCGUUUAAAGAAACAUAAACGUUUAAUUAAUAAUAAACCAUCAUCAUUUCAAAAUUGUCAAUCUUUUGGUAAAGCUAUGAAAAAAGUAACAUCUGCUUUACAAUGCAAUAAAAAAAAGAAAGAUGUUAUUCAACAUCUAGCUCAAAAAUAUAAUCUUGUUCCAAAAUCUGUUCAACAACGUACAUGUGCCAAUAUAUCUGAUCAGAUUAAAAAUGCGGUUCAUAAGUUUUAUUUAAAAGAUGAUGUUUCUUAUCAAUUACCUGAAGAGAAUAAAGGAAUAAUUAUUUCUCGUUCGUCGUUUGCUGAUUUAAGACCUCCAUUUGUAGUUCCAAAAGCAGCGCUAGCUCAUAGAAUAUGUGUGUGUAUCUAUCAUGAAAAUGCUAAUCUAAUACUGAAAGCAAUUGAUAAAUUUGUUAAAGGGAAUGUUUGUUCAUCUUUACAACAAUUUACUGGGACUUUAGUUUGUAAUACUGUCAAUCAAGAAUGUAUGUUUCCUGCAUGUCCAUUAUGUGAAAGUAAUUUUCAAGAGAAAGUUAUUGAUAAUGUUGUAAGUGCAGCAACUAGAAUUAAAUGGUGGCAAUGUGUCAAUAUACACGGACGUGCAGAAAAAAAGGAAUUUGAAGGAUCAGUUGAUGAAGCUGUUGAAUUGUUGAAAUCCAAAGUUAAAUAUUUUCUAUUUCAUGUCUAUAUUAAGCGUGAACGAAGUAACUAUUUCGAACAGUUAAAGUCAGAAGUAACAGAUGAAAAAGUUGUUAUACAAGUUGAUUUCGCUGAAAAUUUUGGAUUGAAAGAGCAAGACGAAAUUCAAAGUGCUCAUUGGAAUAGAAAAACUCUAU